UUUCCCUAACAAAAACCACAAAGAAAGGCUUAGAAGUCAAACAGAGCUUAAUAGAAGAGUUGCGGAAAUGUGUGGACACCUACAAAUAUCUCUUUAUCUUCUCUGUUGUCAACAUGAGAAACAACAAGCUGAAGGAUAUCAGAAGUGCCUGGAAGCACAGCAGGAUUUUCUUUGGGAAAAACAAAGUUAUGAUGGUGGCACUGGGACGGGGGCCAGCUGAUGAGUACAAAGAGAACUUACACCAGGUCAGCAAACACCUAAGAGGUGAAGUGGGUCUCCUGUUCACCAAUCGCACCAAAGAAGAAGUGAAUGAAUGGUUCUCUCAGUUCAAAGAGGUGGACUUUGCCCGUGCAGGUAACAAGGCAACAUUCACAGUAAGCCUGGACACAGGGCCCCUGGAGCAGUUUCCCCACUCCAUGGAGCCUCAAUUACGGCAGCUGGGAUUGCCAACGGCUUUGAAGAAAGGAGUCGUGACACUGCUUUCUGAUUAUGAAGUCUGCAAGGAAGGGGAUGUUCUGACCCCUGAACAGGCUCGUGUCUUGAAACUCUUUGGCUAUGAGAUGGCAGAGUUUAAAGUGACCAUGAAGUGCAUGUGGCAUUCUGAAACAGGAGACUUCCAGCAGUUGGCAGAAGAAAGCUCAGAGAUGGAGGAGAAGGAGGAGGACGACGAUGAAGAAAAUGACAAUUAACUAAAAGACCUGCUAUAGGACGACAGAGACAGUUUGUUCUAUUUCAAGAAUACUCCACUAAAGCCCAUGGCUACUCUCCCUCAGGUGCAGUAGGACAAAGUUGAUCAACCUACAGACUUGCUAUUUAUCAAAGAUGAUGCAAAUGGUUUAUAUAUAAAAAUUAAGUAGAAA